GGCGCGCGGGGAUACGUCAGGGAGCGCGGCCAAGCUGGAGCUGAGGAGAUCAGCCUGGAGCGGAUAGGAAGGUGGAACCCAAGUGAGCAGCGUCGUCUUUAUUAUCACUGAGAGGAAAACGCGCACAGAGGCGACGUUCACGCCGCGGAGCUUUAUUCUGGACGCACCAGCUAAUUACAGGAAUUAUCCUCUCUUCAUUCUUCUUUUUUAAAUACAAAUAUAUUUUUCUAUCCCUCUCUCCCCCUGUGAGUGCACCUUCACGUGGAAUUGACUGGAAGCGGUUGUCUAUCUGCAGGAUUUAAAAAUUAUUGCAACAGUUUUGAAAUCGUGAGGAUUUGUGUUCUUUAUGGGACCAGAGCUGACGGAGCGGCGUUGUUUUGGAUAAGAACACGUUGGGCAUCAUGAGUUCCAGUGGUUCAGCACGCACUGACAGGAGCUCUGAGUCAAUCCGGUGCCAACGAUGUCGAGAAGUCUGCAAAGGAGAAGUGGUUCGAGUGCAAGACACCCACUUUCAUGUCAAGUGCUUCACCUGCACGGUGUGUAGCUGUGAUUUGGCACGAUCAGGCUUCUUCCAGAAGAAGGGCGAGUACAUUUGCACGGCGGACUAUCAGCGUUUGUACGGCACACGCUGUGACCGCUGUGACAGCUUCAUCACGGGAGAGGUGGUUUCCGCUCUGAGACGCACGUACCACCCAAAGUGCUUUGUCUGCAGCAUCUGCAGUAAACCCUUUCCAAUCGGAGACAGGGUGACAUUCAGCGGAAAGGACUGCGUGUGCCAGCAGUGCUCCCACACCCUUGUCAAGCCAAAUGAACCCAUCAAAAUCCACGGGCCGAGCCACUGCGCUGGAUGUAGAGCGGAGAUCAAGCAGGGACAGUCUCUCCUGGCACUGGAGAGACAGUGGCAUGUCAGCUGCUUCAGGUGUCAGACCUGCAGCAUGGUCCUCACAGGAGAGUACAUCAGCAAGGACGGAGUGCCAUACUGUGAAGCGGAUUACCAUGCCCAGUUUGGGGUGAAAUGUGAGACCUGCAGCAGAUACAUAAGCGGACAGGUUCUGGAGGCAGGAGGGAAACACUACCAUCCAUCCUGUGCCCGAUGCUCCCGCUGUAACACCACGUUCAAGGAGGGAGAAGAAAUGUACCUGACAGGAUGCGAGGUGUGGCACCCUUUAUGCAAGCAGGCGGCGAGAGCAGAGCGGAGACUCAGACACAGACGCCUGUCGGAGACCUCCAUCUCCCCUCCGGGCUCCUCCAUAGGCUCUCCCAGUCGAGUUAUAUGUGCCAGAGUGGAGAAUAAGAUCCUAGAUUAUAAGGACCUAGCUGCUCUACCAAAGGUCAAGGCCAUAUACGAGGUCCAGCAGCCUGACCUCAUAUCCUCCUCCUACCAGCUGUUCCACAGAUACGCCUCUGAUGACAGACUAGACACUUACAGCUUUGGGGAGGUACUGCUGCCACACACUCUCAGCUAAACGCUUCUCUUUAGGAUGGAGGAAAUGUUUCUGGAGUUUAUCGCUGCCAGAAUCUGGUGUGUUAGUAGCCGAGUCAUCCCAAGCACAAGCUCUGAAUGCCUGCAGAUGUGCACUAGCGUGUGAUUUUUUUAUAAGUGUUUUAGUUUGUCAAAUGUAAACUGAUCUUAGUUGAAAACUGAAAGGUUCUGUGUGACGUGCACUCCUCCAAGAAAAACCCAGUUUGUGUUUUUCAUGUGUUACUAAAAUAAAAGUCAUUAAAAAGCAGUUUUGACAUUAAUUGUGCGUUAAAAUACUAUUCGCAGGAUUUGUGUGAAAAGUGCCUUAACUGGAGAAUAACCAGCUUUUCUCAUUUAGGUGUCUUUUCUACUGGAGAUUAAAACGUUUGCUCUUUUGUAAAUAAUCAGCCGUGUUCUUUCCAGCGGUGCUACGUGAGGCCAUGGCUGUUGCUGAUUCCUUCCUUUGGAAAAAGUUGAACCUUCUGUGAAUUUUUUAACCAAGAUUCACAUAAAAGUGAAUUUGAAUUGGCGACACCCAACCAAAUCGUUGUUUGUUAAAGCUGCCCUGACCGAACACCUCAUCUGGAAGAAGGGUUAGGAUUACUCUCCUAAACCGUGUGGAAAGGCUUUGAUAGAGAAGUCGAUGCGGUUAUAGCUGCAAGAGGUGGAUAAACUCCACAUUAAACCUUACCGACGCAGAGCGAGACACCAUUAGAGAUCAUGUCAAUGCAAAGACAACAGGUGUCCCAAUCAUUUUAGGACUACCAGAUGAAACUAAACCACCACCCUCAGGACGUUUGGUUUUCCUUUUAUUGACUCAUAACCAGGAGUAGGGAACCCUGGUCCUGGAGAGCCACUAUCCAGCACGUUUUAGAGGUCACCCUGCUUCAACAAAGUUCAGGCCUAGUCCAC